AACCAGUCUUGCUGUAUCACAUACGCUGCUGUGACUGUAGAGGCACGAAGAUUUGGGAGCGAAGAUGAAAGUAUAUUCUAUUUUCAGAUCUGGGCAUUUUUUAGUUCUACUUUGUCUUUUCACUGUGGAAGGCAAAAAGUCACCUACAGGAAAGCAUACCUGCCGAAAAGGACUCCUCUCCCAAGUGACAGAGAACCUCUAUAUCAAGGCAACUAGUUUAAAAUCAUCUGUUCCUAAGGAUCUCAUCAAGAACACAAGACUUCUAAAAAAGACAACAAAAGUGCUGUUUAUGACAAAUUGCAGUGUUCGAGACCAGGUCCUCUCAUUCUACGUGAAAAAUGUUUUCAGUCAUCUUGAAGUGGAAAGUGAAAAGUUGUACGUUAUUAGCGCCUUCCAGGUCCUGCAAGAGAACAUGAAUGCAUGUCUUCCAUGUGCUCCAUCCACAAGGUUAACUCCAGCUGUCAAAAAUAUAAAGACGACAUUUCUUAAGCUUGGAGAGAAGGGAAUCUACAAGGCCAUCAGUGAGCUGGAUAUUCUCCUUCCCUGGAUUCAGGCCUACAUACAAACCAUCUUAUGA